UUUUGAUUGGACGACAGGGCAAGAGGGUGGCGCAUGCGCGUUCUGGCGACGCCAUCUCUGAAACUACUGUGCCUAUUAUGUACUUGUUCAAAGUGAAGUGAUUGCUAAUUUGUGAUUAUAAUUGUUUUUGAAUCAUGGAAUUAAUUCGUGACGAGUGAAAACAAGCAUUUGUUAACACUUCUCAAAUAAUAUAUUGCAAUCUCCGGAUAUCUGCCAGCGGCGGGCCGUAUCUUGCGGAAGUUUCUUGGCCUAUAGCAUCGCAUAUUUUUUGCGGCUAUCGCCGCCGCGGUCGCCUCACUGAGUUAUUUUAUGGACUCCUUUCGUCUAUAUAGCUAGUGCUUUGUAUACGUUCGAGACGCGUCUAACAUGAAUUCUGCAUUAAAGCCGGUGCUGGCGCAGCAGCCGGGCGGUCAAGCGAGCCCAGCGAAGGCUAACGUGGCGACUGCCAACCACGCCGUGGGGCUGCCGCAGGGCGCGCAGAACUCGCUGCACCACGCCAGCUUGGUGGGGCAGAACCUCACGGCGCACGUGCCCGCGGCGCAGCCUCUGCCGCACGCCGCGCCCUCCAUGGCACCUGUCACCGCCAACAUGGCGCAAAUGGCACAGAACAUGAGUCACCAUGGCAACCUCUCCCAUGUUACACAGAAUUCUGUUACUCCUACCAAUAUGGCUGCAAGUCCCAGCAAAAGCGCCAGCACUAGUGCCCCACUGAGUUUGGUUCAAGACAAACCUACUGCCCCAACACCGUCCCAACCGCUAGCACUUACGAGAACUCCAGAGAAGAAAGAGCCUGAUUCUACUGGGCAUGCUAAUGGUACUAUUGACUCACCGAAAUCUGGAGCAAAUGCUCCUGCUUCUCUGAAACCCCACAACCCUGAGCCAAAUAAAGAUAAGCAAGAUAUCGCAAAGACAUCACCGAGCACUCCAAAGCCACCUGAAAAACCAAGUACACCAAACAAUGCACCAAAUACACCCCAAAAAAGUGAAGGAGCUAAUAACCCUGUUAGCCAGACAGAUGGUCCAGUUCAACCCAAAGUGGCCACAGCCAAUGAACCAGCAGAAAAAUCGCCAUCCAAGCCCACUGAGUUAAAACCAUCUCCAACUGCUGAUGUGGCUCCUACACAGAGUGAUAGCAAGCCUGUGCCAGAAUCAGCAAAUGACAGCCAGUUGCAAGAGAAGCCAGCAACACCUACCAAACCGGAGGCAUCUACAGCAGAGAGUUCUAAAACUGAAAGCCCAGCUAAACCUGAGGAGAAAAAAGAGGAACCAAAAGUUGAAGAAUCUCAGGAUGCAACUGAAAACAAAGAAGAAAAGCUUGACAAAUCUGAGCCUGCAAAGGAAGAACCAGAACCAGAACAACCUCAAAAAGUAGAAAAAGUAGAAGCACCAAUCGAAAAAGUGGAAGAAAAGAAACCAGAUGUUAAAACUCCAGCUAAAGAAGUGAAGCCUACUCCGAAAUCUACAUUGAAGUUAGCCACAGUGACCCCUCCAAUGAGAAAGCGAAGGCAAGCAUCACUGAACAAGACAGCUGAUGGCCCGAGCCCGCCUAAGAAGGCUGCUUCUGAAGCUGAAGUUACUCCUGAUUCCAGAUCUAAGAGAAAUAGAACAAAGGUACAACUGUACCAGUCGCCGACUCCAGAAAUCACGUUGGCAACCAAGCUGUCUGCGUCGACUGGCCGCUCCACCCCCACUAAGCCUAACGAUGACAAGCUCAUUGUUUUCUACAAGAACGAGUACCUGGCAGUCCGCAACGCAGAGGGCGGGUUCUACGUGUGCCAGGCCGUGCAGAACGUGUACCGCAGCACGCGCAAGAUCAAGAUCCGCUGGCUGUCGCAGGACAAGGCCGACCCUUCCGGGGAGACUUACAGGCCAGACUUCUACGAUGUUACUGACAUGGAGUGCGUGCUGACGACGCUGUCGAUGUCGCGCGCGAGCGCGGGUGGGGCGGGAGCACAACAGCUGGCGGCGGCGGAGCGCGCGCGCGCACAGUCUAUCCUAGAGCGCGCGCUGCGCGCGGAGCACGCGGGGGCCGGGGGCGCGGCCGCGGGGAACUGCAUCGAGCUCACCGAGGAGCAUCCCGACGGAUUGGAUUUGUCGCUAUACACAGACGAGUCGCAGCUGGACAAGAAGCGCAAGCGCGGUUCCAAAGCCUCGCCAAGGAAGGACGCCGCUGAUGAGACUGCUAAGGGAAGUCCGACGCCUGUAAAAAAGGCGCGAACGACGCCCAAGCGCAGUCCGAAAAGCGCGCGGAAAUCCAAAUCCACGGCGACGCCGCCGCAGACUAAGCGGAAACCGGCAGGUACCACGCCCUCUGUGGCGACCACAGGCAAGGUAGGCAUAGUACAGCGGAUAUAUAGAAAUACGGCGACGGCGGUCACGGAGAAGGCUAAAGCCAAGAGCACGCCAAAAAGGACUCCCGUUAAGAAGGAGACGCCCGCGGUCACUACUCCCGCGAGGAAGGGAAGAAGAUCCACGGCUGCAGAAAGCAAAGCGAUAGUCCCCACGCCCUCGACGUCGACGGGCAAGGCCACUCGUACGCCGCGGAAGCCCCCCGCCAAGAAAUAAUACAGUGUUCCGUUAUAGAGACACUGCCCACAUUGCAAACACACACGGCUUGUACUUGACUACGUUAGUCGUGGCCACUAACGCUGGUGACAGACAUACACAUGUACAGAUUGAUAUUUGAUAUAAAUUUAUUAAUUUUAUGAAGUUGUAUUUGAUGUUUGAGGUGAAUUCCGAAAGCUAGCAGUAAAUUCAUAGGUCAAAUAAAAAAGAGUAAAUUAAUUAAAAAUUCUGUAACUUUAAUGAUAUACAUACAUCACUUAUUGAAGUCAAAAAUUUAAAAACUAUGUCUAAUACCGAAUUCCGAAGCGCGCAGUCUUUUCAUAAAAGACCUCAGUUUCUCUUAAAACACUAUAUUGCUAGUAUAGGCAUUAAUUAAGACUUAACAAUAUUAUUCGGAAAAAAAAGGUUUUAAGCCUAUUUCAGUUCAAAUAUGUGUUCAAUUUUUAAUGUCAAAUAUGGGGAGGAGAGAUUAAGAAAUAUAUCUAUCUAUAGUAGGUUUAAAAUAUUCGUUUAACUGUUAAAAAAUGGCAAAAUCAUUCAAUUUGACUCAUGUAUGUUUUCAUAGACAACCACUUCAUCCGGUGAAGGAAAACAUCUAGAGGAAGCCUACACACUGGUUUGAUCAUUUUGUGUUACACUACACACUACUAGCCACUAGAUGGCGGUAAAUAUUCCACGCUGUUUUCAUAAAUAUCAAGUCUGUACAGUUUUAUGUCUGUGGGACAGUAAUUUCCUUAGAUUGCCAAUUUUCAUAGAUGUUGUGUAAAUUAUAGACAUAUUAAAUAUUAUAUCACGUUCCGCGGCUAAAUACCAUACGGACGGUAUUUGCGUCUGCAUUUAUAUUGAUCUGAAUAGUUUCUGAGUAGCAGAUUACAAAAAUAUAACAGAAAAAUCGACCAUAAGGUACUUUAAUCCAAGAAUAAUUGUCUUCGUAUAUAAACGUUUAUUUUGGUAUAUGUUGAUAAAACCUCUUUUUUUGUCUAAUUUAGCAAUUGGUAGGUAAAUAAAUCUAGACUCUUUUGUAAUAUAGAAAGUUCUAUAUGCAGGCGAGUUAGUUAAAUGGAGGAUUUAAGGCGGAUAUAAGAGAAAUAUAUGUAGUCUUCCUAACUGCUGGCACAGAUAAUGGAUUGCCUGGGAAGUACGCGAGUGUUGUAUGAUUUAUAUUAUCAGGGCAGUGUUAACACUUAUCAAAUUGUACUUCUUUCAUAUAACGUUACUAAAAAUGUAGCAAUAUUUAGACAAAUAAUUUGAUUAGUGGAAUACCAGGGCUAUUAUUGUGGAUGAAUAACCCCUGAAUAAUAAUUUUAAACAAAGAUAACGUCAACGUAUGUGAUUUGUUUCUCACAUUUUAUGACUGGAAAUAAAUUGAUGAUAGUAUAGCAUAAUUCUAUAUUGUGUGGUAUAAACAGAUACCCAUAAACGUAUAUACAGUUCGUCUUAGUUGAAAUACGCACCCAUUUACAGCAACAUACACAUACUUUUUCAAUGCGGUAGUGGGAGCUCCAUUUCAACUAAUCACUUUGACGGACACUGUACUGCUAUAGCAGUUAAAAGAAUAAAACUUAUUUCGUGUCUCGUCGAGUGUCUGCUAAAGUAUUAACGACCACACCACGUUAGUGCCACGACUAAAGCCAAUUUUAGUAUUUAUUUUUAUAUACGGAUCAAUCAGCAUAAUCAUCUUUUUCUUAUUUUUAUUACCUGUGGUUUUAAGUUAUUUUGGGGUAAUUAAGAGUCGGAAUUCUGUUGCAUACUAAGUAGUACACUGUUGUUGUAAAAAUAUAUCGAAAAUUGUCAUGGAUUCCGUAAUAUGUCAUUGGAGGAUAUUCCUCUAUGAAGGCUUAUUUUACACUCGCAUUUUGUGCUACAUGUAAAAAUAUCUAAAUGUAAUGGGAAUGUCCUAAUGUUUAAUGUCAACCAAUCAUCGCGCUGCUGUCGAUAAUUUCUGUUUUCGAAUAAGAUUUUGACAUUAGUGUUGUGCGCAUGUGCGUUCGUUAUGUAGCCUCCAUUGGUGUAUUCUGCGUCAUAAAAGAAUUCCCACAGGCGCGGCGCUACUAUCGGUGACAACGACAAUCUGGCUGAUUUGUUAUUAGUUCAAAAUAUUGACGCGGGACUUUGUGGCGCAGUCUAUACAUGUCUUGAUACUUUCAAACGAAUUAUAUUCUGUUAAACUUAUUUUGAAAAAACUGCAGCUAAAUACUAGUACAUACGUCACGACUAUAACGGCGAAUUUCUUAUGUUUUAAAAAGUUGCAAUAGUCGUGAUGAUAGUUUUUCCGAUGUGAUAGAAUUAGAGUGAAGAACUUGCGAGUGUAAAAUUGUUUUUAGGGUUCCUAUGGAAUCUAUAAUCGUACCCACGAGUUUUCUCAAUGGGUGAAUUUCCGCCUUAACAAUCGUAGGUGUAGUGUAGUUACGGAAUCCAAUACCCGCUUUGUAUCAAUUUCAAAUAUAAGAAGCUAUAUUCGAAACGAAAUCGAUGUUAAAAUAAUCGCAUUGAUGUAAAUUAUAACAUCCAAUGAUAUUCCAUAAAAAUAGACUUAUCUGGACAUGUCGAUUUCCCGUGUAAUUUAUCAUGGAGGGAUUUAAAUGAAUAUAAAAGGUUAACUUACUAACGUAACUAUUAAAUUUAAGGAGUCUAACGAUUACUGUAAAUAUUUACAAUUAACAAAGUAAAAAAAUGUUAACAAUUUUGUAAUUUUCGGUUUAUGGAGUGACCCACUCGUUCAUCGUGGGAGGUUUUGUAUUUAAGAGUAGUUAAUGAAUUUUUAACGCAUUAAUAUUAUUUGUAUAAGUUUGGAAUUAUUUUCUUGAAAAAGAUUUGCGUUUUAUAAGAAAAUGCUAGAAAAGUAAUAACUUCACUCAAAUUGGAAUGUUUGGGAAUACUCCUUAGACGAAGUAGGAGGCUGCGGCCGGUUCUUAGAGUUAGUGAGGGCUCACGACCUCUGGCAACGAUAGGCAAUAGAUUAUAGACUUUGAUUUGUAAGGUAAUGAUAAAAUUCUACUAUUCGAUAGUAAUUCGGCUAGGCAAUGCGAUGGUAUCUUAUAUCAGUACAAAGAAUUUAAUAUUAUCAUUGGGACAUUUUGGCUUCACAUAAAAAUAUAUUUUGAUAUGAUCGGUGUUUAUUUCUAAUAGGAUAUUGUAGUGUUGCCCUAGGUUAUCGUAAAUUGUCAAGUUUGAAUUGCAAAGUAAUAAAAUCGUGUUUGCCGGUCUGGACCAAAAUUUCAUUGUGAAUGCUGUAAAAUCCUGUACAGAGAAUACCAGAUGUUAAAAAUGUUCACUGCCCUAGAGAGUUCAUGAAACUUAUAAAUAAAUGAUAUCUAUUUACUCUUAUUAGAAAAAAUAAUUUCUACGCAGUGUUACAUAAAUUUUGUGUUAUAUGUGAUGAGAUGAUAUCUAUAAUGUCAAAUACAGGUGACACGAUGCAAAUACAGUUUCUUUUUGUGUUAUAUUGAUGUUUUUAUAAAGAAGACAGAAUUUAUUCACUUCUUGUUUAAUAUUUGUGUAUCAAUCAUGUAAACGAAUGGACCAUCUCCCGUGAGAUCUUAUCUUUCGAUAUUAUUUCUAUUGGUUUGUUACAUCACUUGUGACUAUUGACUAUGUUUUAAGGUUGUUUAUUAGGCGUACUUGGUGGCCCUGCAUUUUGUUGUUUUGUUUCCCAUUAGCUGUUGGAUACAGUGUGAGUGUGUGAGUGAAAACAUUAGACACUUUAAGUACCUAAAGUUAGGUGGUAUUUUUAACAGUAGGUUAAUUUUUGAAGAGAAUAAGCUUAGAUAUAAAUUAUUGUGUGUGUAUUUUCUGUUUAUAAUGUGUCUAUGUGGAGCGAAUGCUUGUGACACGACCAUCUGGUACAAUAGUUGUAAAACAUAUUUUAGCGUUUUAUACAAAAGAUAUCAUUCAAGAGUACUAUUGUAACAGAAAGUCCACAAAUUUAUAUGCAAUUCAGAAUUAAAUAUAAUAAUUUAAGAGAA